AAUUUUGCAAAAUCAUUUUAAAUUAUUCUUUUAUAUAUAAUGAGCACACUACAUGAAUAUUUCCUGAAAAUCUAUACUAUUUUUAAUAGAAAUCAAAUUUAAAGUUUGAAUUUUUAGAACCGCGCCAAAAACGCUAUUCCUGUGAUGGCGCCGGCAGAUGACGUCUGUGACGUCACACGCCAGUAAACACGAUCACGAGCUGUCAGCCGAAGUUAAUUUCAUUAUUGUGCUUGAUUUUGCUAUAAAAUCAUAGAUAAAAUGGUCUAUAAAUGGUGUGUAGUGCCAAAAUGUACGAAUACGUGUAUAAAUAGUCCACAAACAUUGUUUGUUUCUGUUCCAACCGAUUGUAAAAGACGAAAAAAGUGGUUACUAUUAGCUCGGAGAGACCCAAAGGGCAUUUCAUCGACUUCAAAUAUAUUUAUGUGUGAAGAUCACUUCGAUGUAAGUAUAAAUUGAAUAUAUUAUCUACUAGGUAGCUUAAAUUACCGCUUUUUUAAGAUUGAAAUGAUAUAUAACUAUCUAUAACCUCAAAUGUAUCUUUGGUUAUAUUGAGGAUAAGUCAGUGUUGAGGAUCAAAGAUCCUGUUUAUUAACAAUAAACUUAUUACUCUGUAGGGUUUCAAAAUGUUUUCUGUUGUUUUGAUUAUAUUAGCUACCUACAUAUCUCAAUAAUUUUCUAUGCUGUGUCAUUUUACCUACUUUGCUUAUUAGAUAGUGAUAGUUAUGUUGAAUUGCAGAUGGAAAAAGACACCAUUAACUACAUGCAGUACAAAAUGGGUUUCAGCAAGAAGAUACUUUUGACAGAAGAUGCUGUGCCAACAAAAUUUCAUUGUCAAGAAGAUCGUAAAAGACCACUGUCUGAUGCUGGACUUUCUCGAGGAGCAUAUGUCAAGAGGAAAAGAAUGGAUUUGGUCAACACAUGUUUGCAAAGUCAAAAUGCUACUGAAGCCCAAGCUGAAAGCUUACAAAAAGAUGAGAGUUUGAUACAAGACAUUAUUGAACCUCAAGGUUUAUCAAGAACUCAAGACAGAGAAACUAUUACCAACUCUAUCAUAACUGCAGAAAAAUCUGUGCAAGUAACAAUAAAAGAGAAUGUGCAUCAUAGGAGCAAAUCUGUGCAAACAAGAUGCCAGACUAUAAGUAUUUCUACCUCACCAAUGAAAGUUUCUACAACAUCUCAUUCCACUUCACCCUUUAAGAUUAAACCAUGCAGUCUUCGACCAUCACAGUCUGAAAUUGUCAAAGCAGUCAAGAGAAAUGUUUUUCUUGAAGAUGAAAAGUCAGAUAGUGAUAUUUCCUGUAUUGAAAGUGGUCGUCAUUUAUCACCUUUUGUAACUAAAUCAGCAUCAUCAACAUCAGGGCUUACCGACUCUGAUAGUAAUGUUACAGAUGCCAAUGAGAAUAUUGAAAAAUUAGAGUGCCUCAAAAUUACUAUGCGUUCAAUCUCUAAAAAACCAAUGAUGUAUGUUGGUAUUCCAAAAAUGUUAUUUCUUAAUCAAAUUGUUACAUAAACACACAAGCAUAAAAGUAGAACACAUUUUGCUAUGCUUGAAAAAGAUUAGAAUGAACAGUACAUUUUCUGAACUGGAGGAUAAUUUUGAAAUAUCAUUAUCUUAUGCUAGUAAAUUGUUUCU